CAAAUAUGGCUGAAAAUAACGAACUUCAGACAAUUAUCUAAGGUCUUCUAUCACGGUGUUAAGCUACCAUAGAAGAGACCGGUUCACAUUGUCGCUUUUCAGAUCCUGUCCUCUUUCCUGUUGGCGUCGUUUCCUUUACACAAAAAAAAGAAUUUUUUACAGUCCCUAAUAUGACCAACGAUCCUGAACGUACUGGUGAUCCGAGCAAUAUGGGUACUGUCGAAGAUGAAGCUGAUAACCGUCUUCUUUCGCAGAUCUGCCAAAACUUUGACUUAUCUUCUUUACAAGGUCAAUUAGACGCACAUAGAAUGGAGAUGCUUCCAGCACCGGUGAAGAGGCGAAUAAAGGCCUUGAAACAACUUCAAUUAAAAACAACGAAUAUCGAGGCAAAAUUCUUUCAAGAAGUUCAUGAACUCGAAUGUAAAUAUUACAAAAUGUGUGUACCAAUUUAUGACGGAAGAAGUCAAAUUAUUUCGGGAGUAUAUGAACCCACGGAUGAGGAGUGUGUUUGGGAAAGCGAUGAUGAGGAUGAGGGUCUCAGUUCUGAGCUCAAAAAUAAAGUCAAGAUCGAUAUUAAGGAUGAGAGCGAAAUUAAAAAGGAUGCUGAAGAGAAAAAAGAAAAAUCCGAAGAUGAGAAUAUUAAAGGCAUUCCAGACUUUUGGCUCACAAUAUUCAAGAAUGUUGGCAUGUUAGCUGAUAUUGUUCAAGAACAUGACGAACCCAUUCUUAAACAUCUGUAUGACGUGAAAGUGAUAUUCUUGGAAAAAGACCCAAUGGGCUUUGUUCUCGAGUUUCACUUUGAGCACAAUGAAUAUUUUACUAAUUCCGUUUUAACAAAAGAAUACAUCAUGAAAUGUGAACCAGAAAAAAAUGAUCCGUUCAGCUUCGAAGGACCUGAAAUUUAUAAAAGCAAGGGUUGUGUUAUUGAUUGGCGAAAAGGCAAGAAUGUGACGGUUAAAACAAUCAAGAAAAAUCAAAAGCACAAGUCGCGGGGAUCGAUGCGCACAGUGACAAAAACUGUUCAAAAUGAUUCUUUCUUUAAUUUCUUUAGUCCACCAGUUGUGCCUGAUGAUCAAGAUGCAGAGUUAGAUGAUGAUACUCAAGCUUUAGUAACCAGUGACUUUGAAAUUGGCCAUUACAUCAGAGAGCGCAUUGUUCCAAGAGCUGUGCUCUAUUAUACAGGUGAAGUUCUCGAAGACGAGGAGGAUGAUGAUUAUGAAGAAGACGAGGAAGAUGAUGAGGACGAUGUAGAUGAUGAGGACGAUGCAGAGGAAGAGGACGAGCACAACGAGGAUCCAGUCGAGUGUAAACAGCAGUAGAUUUUUCUUAAAAAGAAAAAAAAAUACAAAAUAAAACUAAAAUGAAAAAGUCGUCUUUAUAAACAGAGACAAUAUUAAGUCGCUUAAAGAUCGUUUACCUUUUGACGACAGUGUUGUUAAAAAGCAAAGAAACAUUACCGACAGAAUGAUUGACUAAAAAAAAAAAAAAAAUCUCACAUUGUCUAAGUUAAUGAUCGUUCACGUGUUCUUGAACGACAAAAUGAUUACAAAAAAAAAAUCACACAAUAGACUUGGACGAGACUGACAACAAAAUCGAAUCUUAAUUAUUGUCAUAUCACACAUCAUAUCCGAUUCCAGAUUGAAGCCUAGCAGUUUUUAAAAGUUGGUGUCUGGAGCUGGAGCUAUGAAAAAAACAAGAGAUUCGGAUUUCUUCGUCCUACAUUUUGUCGAUGGCGUCAAAAAAAACACACACAUACACCUACACUUUGGCCUAGAUUCGCUCUCCUACACUCUUGUACUUUUUACCUGUGUCCCUAUUUUUUUUUUUUUUUGUUUUUUUUUAUUAAUAUGAUGAUUUUAUAUUGUUACAUAUAUAUAUUGUAGAAAUUAAUGCGAAUCCAGACAAAAAAAACAAAACACAUUUGAUGAUUAUUCUUUUGAAAAUGAAAAAUCGAUGUUAUCGUAUAUGCAAAUUUUUGAGUACUGUUGAAAGAAGCAUUUUAAUACAAAAUUUAUGAAAUUAGAGACCUAUUGAUUCUCUGCGACAUUUUCUCCGCUUUGUUCAAUAAUAAGUUAUAUUUUUUAAUUAUCUAAAAGAACAUUAUAAUUUUGUUCCUUCCUUACGUUUUUUUUUGUUUCCUCGUUUGAAGGAAGCUUUUUUUCUAUUAUUAAAAUUUUUAUUUUUAUUUUAGCGACUAUUAUAUAAUUAUAUUAGAACGCAUUUAAUAGAAACGAUUUUUUCGGUAAAAUUUUAUUUAUAUAAAAUUAUUUUUUUUUCAUAUUUAUUUUGUGAUUUGUUUGCUUUUUUAGUAUCCGAAUGAAAUAAAAUUUCUUUUUAAUUGA